CCUCUGCAACAUUAUAUUCAGACGAGACUCGGGCGUUGUAUCGUGGGCUAAUCAUCUCAUAAAGCGCGAGCAAAAGAAGAGGGCGGGAUGACGACGGCUGCGCGUCCGACGUGGGCGCCGGCGAAGGGAGGGAACGAGCAGGGCGGCACCCGGAUCUUCGGACCCUCGCAGAAGUACUCCUCCCGUGACCUUGCCGCCCACACCACCCUCAAGACCAGGAAAGAGGGACAAGAUACGCAGGAUGAGUUGCAGAAGAGGGACUUCCGGGAGGAGCUAGAAGAGCGUGAGCGAAGGCAUUUUUCCUCCAAGGACAAGUCCUAUACUGAAGAUAGAGACCGAAGAAAAGGGCAUCUUCUCUUGGAGGGAACAAGGAGAGAGGCUGAAGAUAGGAUUGUUCCAAGGAAUAUUGAUGCUGACGACUCUGAUGUAGAUGUCAAUGACGAUGAAGACAGUGACAGUGGUGGUGAUGAUGAGGAUGAUACUGAAGCUCUAUUGGCCGAACUUGAAAGGAUAAAGAAAGAGCGAGCUGAAGAAAAACUGAGGAAGGAACAGCAGCAGCAGGAGGAAGAGCUGAAGGUAAAAGAAGCCGAGUUGAUGCGUGGAAAUCCAUUGAUCAAUCUCAAUAAUCCAGCUUCCUUCAAUGUCAAAAGGAGGUGGGACGAUGAUGUGGUGUUCAAAAAUCAAUCUCGUGGAGAAACCAAGGCUCCCAAGCGCUUCAUAAACGAUACCAUCAGGAGCGACUUCCACCGCAAGUUCUUGCAGAAGUACAUGAAAUAAUAUAAAUGUAUUGAGAUUUGGAUACUGAGCUGUGGGAUUUUUCUUGAAUUCGUAAAACUUUACGCUUUCUCCUAAUGUACGUAACGAAAAUUGCAUGCUACACGUGUAUUUGUAUUCCA